UUGGCACAGUUGGGUUAUAAAAUUGUUUCUAGUACUGGGGAGGCUGAGAUUACUUGGACGCUGCAGAGAGAAAUAUAACUAUAUUCCCUUCAUCUGAAAACAUAUUUACUAUUCAUGUUUUAUUUAUUGUUAUAAAUUAUUUAAAAAUGGACCAUAAAGAUGUUUGUAACCAUUUAAAUUGCAAUGCCACUAAUGCGAAUGAGUCGGUACGACAGACAUUAUCAGAAAUGGAUUGGGAAAGGGGCAUAUGGAAUGCAGCUUUUUCAGGAGAAAAAGACAGAGUUCAGUCGCUGAUUAGUAAGGCCAGGAAUCCAAAGGACCUUGUUAACUGUCUGGACAACUCUGGCUACACUGCAUUGCAUUAUGCUGCACGCAAUGGGCACGUAGAUAUCUGCAGUAUUUUGAUUGAAAAUGGGGCAUGUAUAAAUGCCCAAACUAGAAGUGGAAAAGCCACACCUUUACAUAAGGCAGCUGCAGCAGGUAAAGCGGAAACCGUGAGAUAUUUAAUUCAGCAUGGAGCACAAUUAAAUUUGCAAGAUGCAGAUGGCAAGACAGCAUUGCAUAAAGUUGUAGAACACAAGAAACAUGGGCUUGUUAAUGUUUUACUUGAGGCUUGUCCUAAAUUAAGAGAUAUAAAAGAUAAUAAGGGAAACUUAGCUAUUGCAUAACUUUGUACCUAUAAAAUGUAAACAUAGUCAAUAACAAUGAUAAUUUUCAUUUUAGAUUUAGCAUUCCAAAUGCUGUUAUGAAAGACCUACAUUACUUACUGUAGGUACCUAUAUACUUUAAAAAGCAGUCAAUUACGCUUUGCUCUUUGCAAAAAACAAAAACCAUUGCAAUAAUUAUUAUUUACAUUUAAAAUUCGACCUAAGCAAACACUAGCAAAUUGAUAAAAAUAUUUAUUUUAGUAAGUACCUACUUAAGUAUCACAUUUGUUAAUAUUUCUCACUUUUGACAUAUUUUACAGUGUUGUCUUUGAAAUUUUUUACCAAUUUCUAUUUUUUUACUUAAUUGAGACUGUUUCACAACUUCCAGAUUAACUUUACUUAACGAAUAAUAUUGUGACAGUUUUUGUAUUGGGAAUCUGUAAAAACGACUUUAUCUGUUAUAUAAAGUUUAUCUGGCGGUUGUGAAACAGGCCGUUAAUAUAAUAAUAAUUGCCAUGUCUUAGGCCGCAAUUACACUUGUAAGUUUUACUUAUGUAAGUAAAUUUUUCGAUUUACUUAAUUUGAAAGAAAAAACGAUAAACUACUUAGGAGUGUUUUUAUCAGUUUUUUCGUAAAAUUAGGUACGUAAGUUACUCACGUGAGUAAAAUUUACAGGUGUAAUGGCGGCCUUAAGGCUAUGUCAUGAAUAAAUACAUAAUUUAUUGGGGUUUAGAAAAUAAAAUGAUGUUUAACUUAUUAUUAUUUAUUUAGGCUUAACAUCGAACAACCCUGUAAUAUUUUAUUAAUGACUACUAUUACAUAAUCCUAUAUAGGUAUUUCGAAGACAAUAUGAGUAUUAAUAUUGAUUACUCCCUUUCGCAUCUUAGAUUGUCUAAAUUAAUUACUAAACUAAAACAAAAAUUAGUAAAAAAUAUUUUUUUGGACAUAGAGAAUAGAAAAUUAUAAAUGCAUUGAUUAAUUAUUAUCAAUAGGUAAUACCUAAUUGGUACGAUUUACCAGUACCUGACUAUUUACUUUCAUUUAAUAAUUGUAAUAAAUCUGGUAUUAGGUUUGUGCAAUGACUAUUUUUUUUUUUUAAAUACAAAUUCCAUAAACAAGUAAUUUUUAAUGUAAUUGUGUGUAAUUUCAAGCUAGUCUUACCGUUUUUUUUUUCAUAUUACAUAAAUAUGUACCUUAACUUCAAAAACGGUAAACGUAAUAUUAUUAAUCCUUAGCAUAUUGUGUAUGUAUGCAUGUAUAAGAUAGUUUCAUUUAUUAAGCGGCGCCUUGUAUGCGUCAGUUUAUACAGUGGCAAUACGUGUGCGUGUGAUGACUUGCUUGGCCAUUGAUACAGACUUAAUUACUUAGGAUAAAUCAAACCAUACGAGUCUUAGUGCUAAAAAAACAGGCCAAGUGCGAGUCAGACUCGCGCACUGAGGGUUCCGUACUCGGGUAUUUUUUCCAACAUUUUG